ACCCACUCUUCUUUGUAUUUUAUUGGCCAUUAUCAAAGCCCGCAGCUUUGUCACCUGUUGAGCAGACCUCACUGGUGGCAAACUUCACAGCAAAAUAGACAAUGGAGUUCUGAUAAUUAGAAAAUCAAACGAGUUUUUUUUUUCAGACUUUCAAAAUUAACCGUGCUGUACUAUGAUCGGAUCAGUGGAUAUAAAAGGCAUAAAAAUACUAUCGUGUAAAAGUGCAACACGUAUUUAUCGUGGCUCUGUCAGAUUCYCUCGCUAUACUUCACACCAAGUCAACUACAGAUCAAAGUGUUAAGCCGUAUAUAUAUAUAUUUGGAAAAUUCAUGACAGACAGUCAGAACCUGGUAGAGCACGUAAAAAAAACAACUCGGUUCGGUAUAUAUUCAUUGGAUUAGAUCAAUAUGACUACAUACAUGGACAUUGCAUUUCUGCUUGGUAUAUCGGAGGUCUUGGGCCUGGUAGUAAUAGUAYUUGGAUCGUUUGRUGGAUCAUUUAUUCCUGCAAAGCCUAGUAAAAGUCAAGCUCAGUGGCUGGAUUAUGAAGUCGGUGCGUCGAUUCACUUUAAUAUGCAGACUUUUGAUCGACAUAUGAAACGAGAUCAUGUCGCUCCACCAGACACGUUUAACCCAUACAACCUAUCAACAGACCAGUGGAUAGACGCGGCUGCAAGUUUUGGCGCCAAAUACGUGGUCUUGACGCUAGACCAUUUUAGCGGAUUCUUACUUUGGCCGAGUGGGACUUAUAACUACUCUGUCAAGAACGCCAGAUGGAGGGAUGGGAAGGGAAAUAUUGCACUGGACUUUAUCAACUCAUGUAAGAAGAAAAACAUCCAGCAUGGAUAUUUUUACAGCGUAAACAAGAACUGGUUUAUGAAUGUGGAGAAUUACAGUACAAAAUAUGAAAACGAUCAGAGACGUUAUAACAAAAUAGUUUUGACGCAGCUUAGAGAGUUAUUAGGACAUAAAUCUGAAUAUUCCAACCCGUUUUAUUUCUGGUUCGAUGCUGGUACUAAUCCCAAGACGAAUCCCGACAUUGGGCCACUCAUGCGGACACUCGCCAAUGAAACUAUCUGCGAUGAAUGUAAGUCCUUUGCGGGUAAUCAAGGAGUACGUUGGGUUGGAAACGAGCAAGCUGUAUCACCACUGCCCAACUGGUACUCAGUUCUUGAAGGAAGAUGUGAUAAAUUCGAAGGAAACUCUCGAGGAAAGCAGUUUUGUCCGGCAAGUUGUGAUACUGUGAUACGAGAACAUUACUGGUUCUGGGAACCGGGCACGGAACAUAAAGUCAAAACUCCACAGAGGUUGGUACAAGAAUACAUAACAAGUGUAGGAAGAGGCUGCAAUCUGAUUCUCAACCUAAACCCCGAUAACCGAGGUUUAGUACCGGAAAAAGAUCUAAAAGUAUACCGGGCGCUUGGUAAAGGGAUAAAACUUCUGUACAAACACCCGGUAUCAACUUUAACUAGCCCGGUUCUAAGAUUAAAUCAAGCUUUCACAAUCAAUCUGAUGAGCUUUAGUCCAUUAAAUGGAUCUAUUGUACUUAUGGAAGACAUAGAAUCUUAUGGGCAGCUAGUUGAGAAGUAUGAACUCCGUUUUAUAGCUGAUAAUGCGGUUAUCAGUGAGACUGGAAGUUCUAUCGGUCACAAACGAAUACAUCCUUUUCCCAGCUCACUAAGCAGYGCARUUAUCGAGAGCAUAGAGGUKACUAUUAUAAGUUUACUGACAAWRGACACAACUAUUCGMUUGAGGGAGAUGGCUGUGUWUGACUGGACAGAAGCUGAAAAUGCAGGUUUUUUAGAUCAAGMUAGGAUUUUUAAUUGGAAURACACUAUAACUACAGCAUGAAAUACUUGCAUGCCUAGUGACUCCCCUAUGGGUUCCUCACUUUUAAUGCACAAAAGAAAAUAGUAUUAUAUAAUAAAGUCUAAGUAAGAAUAAAGUAAGACAAAACGCCAACUUGAAGCUUAAAUAUUUGCUUUAUUAAUUGUGCAUUUAAAAAUGAUUGUAAGCUGUGGAUUUUGUAGACAAGGGUAUUUCCUUUCAAGACUAUGUCUUUUCAAUUGAGCAGGCUGGCUGUCUAGUCAUCGUCUAACUGUGGAAAUGGAG